GUCUCCAACAAGUUUGAUCUUAUAGCAUCUGUUGUAAUCGAAAAAAUGCAGCGUGAAGGUUCAAAAAAAGAGGAACUCUUACGGCAGCUAAAGGCUUUAGCCGAGGAGCUUACUAAUGCAGAGCAGACAAGUGCUGCUGCCAAACAGUAUAAUGAAAAGGCUGCAUUUCUUGCCAGCCCUCUUGUGCUAAAACACAAAGACAAGGGUGUUCGUCUGUAUGCUGCUUGCUGUCUGGUUGAUAUCCUAAGAGUUUAUGCCCCAGAUGCACCGUUUGAUAAAGACCAGAUGUGGGAUGUGUUUUCGCUGAUUAUCAGCCAGCUAAGAGCACUAGAACAUGGUCCAAAAGGAACAAACUACAAAAAGCAUUUCUAUAUCCUAGAGAGUCUUGCACUAGUGAGGACCUUCAAUAUCUGUACAGAAUAUGAUUUUCAAGAUUUAAUCUUAGAACUCUUCAAACUUCUUUUCAGCGUAGUAAAUGAUAGCCACACGGUCAAGGAACAAACGUUUAUGGUAGAGAUAAUGGGUCAUAUAUUUGAAGAUAGUGAAUCUAUAUCUCAAGAACUACUGGAUACAGUUCUUAUUAACAUCAUUGAGCCACAAAAAAGUGAAAAUCCUGCAGCUUAUAAAGUUGCUAGUAAUGUUAUCAAAAAAUCAUCUACAAACAUUGAACCAUUCAUACAAAUGUUCUUUAACAGUGUGCUCACUUUGGGCAAGACUUCAGAAAGUGACUUGGCAGAGAAAGUAUAUGAACUCAUCCUGGAACUCAACAGAAUAUCUUGUCCAGUUCUCUUGUCUGUUCUACCACAGUUAGAAUUUAAACUCAAGAGUCCGGAUGUUGAGGAAAGACUAGCAGUGACCAAGCUUCUUGCACAAAUGUUCUCUGAUCCAGCAUCUGAUCUUGCAACAGAGAACAAGUCCUUAUGGAAUUGUUACAUUGGAAGAUACCAUGACAUUAAUGUUGAUGUGAGAAUAGAGUGUGUCAAGGAAGCAAAGCAUUUCUUGUUACAUCAUCAAGAACUUGCUCAAGAUAUCACAGAAAAACUUUGCAGUCGAUCAAGAGACCCAGAUGAACGAGUAAGACAAGAAGUGGUAACAGUUACUUGUGAGGCUGCAGUAGARAAUAUCAAAUGCAUUUCAGAUACAUUAUUUGAUGAAGUUUGUGAAAGAAUGAGGGACAAAAAGUGGCAUGUCAGAAGAGAGGCCUUGACUUGUUUAGGAAAGUUAUAUAAAAAGUGUACUACAGGACCCACAGCUGAUCCUCAAGCAUCUAAGAAAUUAUCCUGGCUUCCAAGUAAAUUACUAAAGGGUUACUACCAGAACAUGGUUGAAGACAGACUAUGUGUGGAAAGAGUGUUAUCAGGAUGUCUGGUUCCUGUCUCACUUCAGACCCAAGAAAGAAUGAAGCGUUUAAUGUCAGUCUAUACAAAACUUGAUCAUCAUGCUGUCGAGGCAUUUAAUAUACUAUUAAAGUGCCAGUCAAAUGUACGAGCAGAUCUUGCUGCAUUAGUGGAACUAUCUGAAAAGGAAAAAACAGAGGAAAAUAACUCACUGAUGAUGUCCCAUGUGAUUACCCUAGCAAGGGCAUUGCCGGAGCCUUUUAAAGCCCAAGAGAACCUAAAGAAGUUACAAUCCAUGUUAGUUGAGGCCAAAACAAGAGACCUUUUUAAGAUCUGCAUCAAUCCUGACUCAGGCUGUCCUGCUGUUUUCAAGGCUGUGAGUGAUAUCGUUGUGAAGCUUGGUUCAAGGAACCAUAUCUUGGAGACUGUCAAGGCUCUUCUUGACCGAGCAGCUCCAGUGAUGGUCGACGCAUCAUGUGUAAAGGUUCUUCUGUCAAUUGUUAAGAAUAUUAUUGAAGGCUUAGGAGAAGAGGAUGACGAGUUUGACGAACAGGAUGAUUCUGACACCACUAAAGUCAUCAAAGGAAUGAAACUACUUGUUGUACUAUCAGGGAUAUUCCCUUCUCAUUUUAAGAAUACUGAAUGUUAUGAAACUCUUUUGGUCCUUUUGAAGCAUCAAGAUCAAGAAAUAGUUAACUAUGCCCUCCAUAUCUUGAGCAAUGUUGGCGAAGGAAUGGAAUCUGUAGACAAGGAGGUUGUACAGUAUUAUCAACCAGUGCUUUCAAAGUUUGCAUGUAAAGGAACCCCUCAACAAGUUAAAUAUGCCAUGAAGUCAAUAUCAAAGAUCUUUAAAGACCCAACAUCGUUGUUUGAGAGAAUAUUUGCUAGGGUUCUGGAAAACUUAGAUUAUGAUUAUCCAUUGCUCUUGUCCCACCUGACGGCACUGGCCCAGAUAGCUGUGUUAGCUCCAAGCAUCUUYGAGACAAAACAGAAAGCCAUCAUCAGAGACUUUGUGGUCAAAGAACUUCUGGUUAAAGACAGGAGCACGGUAGAAGAGUCUGAUUCACAAGGAGAUGAAGAAUGGUGUGAUGACUGUGAUGUUACUAGAGAAACUCAAGCUAAGGUGAAAGGAAUCAAACUAAUGGUGCGAUGGCUGCAAGGGUUACAAGGUAACCACAUGAACUCAGCUUUACCUGUACUAAGAUUGUUGUGUACACUGUUAGCACAUGGUGGAGAUCUGCAGAACAACGGCUGUGUAUGCUCUCAUGACUGUUCUCGUCUGCGAUUGGCUGCAGCUUGUGGUAUACUGAAAAUUGCUCAAGAGCUUCACUAUGACGAGGUCAUUGCACUUGARCACUUUCAACAGCUUGCCCUCACAUUGCAGGAUUUUUGUGUUGAAGUCAGAAAUACGUUCACCAAAAAGCUCCAGAAGGCAUUAGAAUCUCUUAAGCUUCCACUAGAAUACCUGGGGAUAUUUGCAUUAGCUGCCUCUGAGACUGACAAGGACAGGAAAGCUAAGAUACGGCAGAUGAUUUCCAGGAAUGUUACCAUCAGACGAGAAUACCUCAAACACCAUUCAGCAGCGCAAGCAUGUUCACACUCAUUGUUACCAGAGUACGCCCUCCCUGCUGUCAUCCACCUGUUGGCUCAUCAUCCUGACUUCAAGCCAAAGGAACAUGAUUCAUUGGUUAAGUUUAAAGAUUAUUUGUGGUUCUUCAUGGAGCCUAUUUUGUCCAACAAGACAGAGAAUGCUGGGCUCUUGAAGAAGAUUGUAGAGACCAUCAAGCAAACUAAAGAUGCACAAAACCCCGAUGAUCAAGAUGCCAAUGAGGCAUUGUAUACUGUAUGUGAUCUUACCUAUGGACUUAUCAUAAACAAGGCAAGUGGUCUGGUAAUGGAGGAGUUUCCAGGUAAUCCUGUCUUGCCUAAAAAGAUGUUUCUUCCAGGAAAAAUGGAUGUGCCAAACACUAAGUCAUAUCUGCCACCAGGAUUCGUGUUCUUUCAUGGCAAGCAAAGAAAAGCUGUCCCUUCAGAAUCAGCCAAGUUAUCAACCUCCAACAACAAAGGCAAGAAGACUGCAGAACCGAAGAGUAAAAAAACAGCUACUAAAGGRUCAGUCAAGAAUUCUAAGAAGACUUUUAAAGAAAUGGCCAACAAAAUUGAUGUUGAUGAUGAUGACAGCAUUAGUGAGGCUACAGACGAUACAGUGGAGAGUGGGCCAGACAAGAACACAAGGAAAAGAUCAAGAACUGCUACCUCGACCCAGCAAAAACCGCAAACAAAAAAAUCAAAAUUAACAGAAGAGGAAACGGGAAGCGAGAAAGCUGAAUCUACUGUUUCCGGUGAAGACGAUGAUUCAGGACCCGUAGAGGAUCAGCCAGAAAUAACAAAGAAAACAGAAACGAGUAAUGCUGUUAAAACAAAUGAAAAAAAGAAGCCAUCUAAAACACCCUCCUCGCCGGCACCGGGGACCAGAUCCUCACGUCGUCUUGCUGGGAAGGAUAAAGAAGAAAGCAUUCCUGCUACAGACACUACAAGUAGAGGGAAAACUGUGCCCUCCCCGGUCAAGCAGUCUCCGAGAAAAGAUAGCACUAAUAAGACUGCAAGUAGCCGAUCAUCACCCAGGAAGAAUCAAAAACCAUCGCACAAUAAAAGAUCGCCUUUUAAAAUGGACUCACCCAUCAAAACUACCAAAACAAUAAUGAAGAUUCCUAAAAGACUUAAAUCAGAACUGGAUACCUUACCAGAAGAUGAACCCUCGGACAGUGACAGUGAAAUACUUAAAACACCUCUCGCUUCAAGGAGAACCAAACGAAAACCAGAAGUCAAUGGAAUAUCAUCGCCUUCAAAGAAACGAAAAACACAAGAACCUAAACCAAGUCCUUCGAAGAAACAGAAAACUUUGGUAGCAAGUCCAUCAAAGAAACCAAAGAAUGUUACAAAAAGCCCUUCCAAGAAACAAUCUAGUCCUUCCAAGAAGAGAACUUCGCCAGUCUCAAGUCCUGCCAAGAAGAGAACUACGCAAGUAUCAAGUCCUUCCAAGAAAAGAACGACGCCAGCCUCAAGUCCUUCCAAGAAAAGAACGACGCCAGCCUCAAGUCCUUCCAAGAAAAGAACGAUGCCAGCAUCAAGUCCUGCAAAAAAACCUACACAGCAUGCUGCAUUAAAUGUGAAAAGAAAAAGUACAAGAAGAAGAUGAAAAUAAUUCGAUCCUGGAGGAUCUUUAACAUCGCAAAGCUGUAUGCUAUUCAUUUUCUUUUAUUCUACUUUAUUCUUAAAGAAUAUAGUGCAAAAAAGGUGGAAAAUGUCAGUUGUUUAUUCUAUUUCAUUGUACUUCAGUAGAGGUCUUAGAAUGCACUUUGCAGUAAGCCUAACCUUACAUACCAUCCACGACUUCAUCUUAACAAUCCUGAUAUUAUUUUGUAGCCAAUCGAAUUACACUACACAAGACAACUCCAGGCGUCUGGACUUUUUUAUUCCAUCAAACAAAAAGUAAAAAUUACUGCCUCAAAUGUAUGGUAUACAUCAGCCGCAGUUGACUUGAAGGCGUAAUUCAGAAAAUGGGAGUUACCAUUUCUGUAUUCUUCUCAUUAUCGUUCGUUCUCCUUUGUUCGUUUCAUUUUGCAUAUCUUUAAGACGACUAAGAACAGAGUUAUUCUCUGCUUGUAAAUAAUAUUUCUUAGUAAGUCAGUGGGAUAUUCCACUCUUAUAUUCAGAUUUCGAAACAUUGUCCAUUUCAAGAUUUUAGGAGAUUUUUCCACAUGUUGUGGGAUCAUGAAUAAUCUCGGAUUUCUCCGACGAGGAAUGAUUCAACAAGACACAGUAUUUUAGAACAGAACGACUGUUUAUGAUGAUAUAGUUAUAGUUUGAUACGGAGAAUUUUAAGWGUACAGGCGUUGUUCAAUAUUUUACCUGUAAAGAUCUCCAUAUUAAUGAAUAAAGGUUUUUAAACUUUGAAAA